UAGCCCAGAGUGGGAAGCAGCCUUUCCUCCCCUACUCAUCAUCCAUCUCUGUUGCUCAUAGAACCCUGCUUUCCUUUAUGGGAAUUAUGAGAGAAGAGUUAGGGUUUUCCAGGAGGCAGAUCCUCCAUUUCCCCGUUGCUUUGUCCAGAAGUGCAGGAAGAAGAUCUAAGAUUGGUCAAUUGGAUGCUCUUUCCCAGGACUUUGGCUUGAGAGAGACUCUAGCAAGAAGGGAACAGAUUGCUAUGCUAUGCCUUGUAUGACUAAGACCUCUUACCAAGAAUACGUGUCAGACCAUAAAACCACUGCCAAGGAGUGCAGGGGUGGCAAUGAAACAGCCCAACAGGAAAAGGAAGCUUAAUAUGGAUUCCAAAGAGCGUUUGGAUCAGGACGGAUGCUUGGAGCAAGCUGAAGAAGAAAAGAAGCCCAAGGAUGGCACAACCCCUUUGAGUCACGUCCCUUCAGCGGCUGCGCAGGGAGCAUGGUCUUGGGAGUGGUACUUGAAAGAACAGAAGGCGGUUGCAGCACCUGUUGAGCUGUUUUCCAAGGCUCUGCUGGAAAAUGACCCCACAAACCUAAUCAGAGCUUUAGUGUUUCAGAGUGGGCUGGAGCCCGGCGCCGCCACCUGCCAGCUCUGUGACCUUGGGCAAGUCAUUCAAUUCAGUUUUCUCAUCCAUGAGGAUCAGUCCUUUCCAGAGCAUGAAAAUGGUUUUCAGAUUGGAAUGAGAUUAGAAGGCAUUGAUCCCCGACAUCCAUCGGUAUUCUGUGUGCUUUCUGUAGCGGAGGUUUGUGGUUACCGUCUAAGACUUCAUUUUGAUGGUUAUUUAAGUUGCUAUGAUUUUUGGACCAAUGCUGGUUCCCCUGACAUUCAUCCAAUAGGGUGGUGUGAAAAGACCAAACAUGAAUUGCACAUCCCUAAGGGUUAUAGAAAAGAUAAAUUUGUUUGGAUGGAUUACUUGAAGGCCUGCAAAUUGCAAAAUGCUCCAAAGAAAUUAUUCAGAAACAGAAGUCCUAAUGGGCCAAUGCCUAAAGAAUUUCAGGUUGGAAUGAAGCUGGAGGCUGUGGACAGGAAGAACCCUUCCUUGGUGUGUGUGGCGACCAUAGCAGAUAUUGUUGAAGAUCGCUUGCUAGUGCAUUUUGACAAUUGGGAUGAUAGUUACGAUUACUGGUGUGAUGUUAAUAGCCCUUAUGUCCAGCCAGUUGGUUGGUGUCAGGAAAAUGGAAGAACUCUGAUAGCACCCCAAGGUUAUCCCAAUCCAGAAAAUUUUUCCUGGACAGAAUACCUGGAAGCUACUCAAACCAAUGCAGUUCCUGCCAAAGUUUUUAAAAUGAGGUUGCCUCAUGGUUUUCUGCCAAAUAUGAAACUUGAAGUUGUGGAUAAACGGAACCCCAGGUUAAUUCGUGUUGCUACGAUUGUAGAUGUUGAUGACCAAAGAGUAAAGGUUCAUUUUGAUGGUUGGGACCAUAAGUAUGACUACUGGGUGGAGGCAGACAGCCCUGAUAUCCACCCGAUCGGAUGGUGUGAUGUCACAGGGCAUCCACUGGAAGUGCCGCAGCGAACAAAUGACCUGAAGAUCCUUCCAGGUCAAGCUGUCUGUCCUACUCCCGGGUGCCGAGGAAUAGGCCAUAUCCGUGGUCCACGUUAUUCGGGACAUCACAGUGCUUUUGGCUGCCCAUAUUCAGACAUGAACUUGAAAAAGGAGGCAACACUUCAUGAUCGUUUGAGAGAACAAACACAGGCAAAUUUGGAAUCAGACUCUUCACAUUCAAAAUCAAAAAGCCUCUGUAGUUUGAACUUCAAUGGAAAACAUGAAAAGGUGAACAGUCAGCCCAGACUUGUACAGCAGGCAAAGUGUUUGAAAAUCAAAGGAAAAGAAGAUAUUGACUUGGAUAAUCUCUUCAGAGAUGUCUGCAGAUAGGCACACAGAGGUGUGAGACAGCACUUUCCAUUUGCCCUUCAUCUCGUGCUCCUCUGCCAUUCCCCAUGAAGCCGUGCUGGGGCUGACCUGGUGGAGGAUGAGACCUGUGAAGCUGAGUCAGCUGCCCCGGUCAUCCCGGCCAAGGCCAUGUCCUCUCUGCUCAGCCAACAACUGUCCAACAAACAUGUGAAUGAGCCCUGCUGAAAUCAGAACUGACCAGCCCACUUGAGCCUAAAUCCCUGACAGACAGAUGUAUGAACUAAGUAAAUACUUAAAAAAAUGAGAUGCUGAUGGUCCCUGAAUUCUCAAGAGGCAAAGAAUGGUCCCACCUAGCAACUUAUAAAUGUUCAGAAGUUAGAUGGCCACGGAGAAGUAGCACCUCAUGUAUGUUCUUUCGCUAUCUACAAUAAGGUGAAGGAAGGCAUUUAUCUUCUCUGCACCCAGAAAACCUAUAACCCAAUGCCCAGGAACACAAGAAUGCUGUUCACCAUUCUGCUGUGCUUAUUAGCAGAAGAUAUAUCAGCUCACAAAAUCCCCUUUGAAACAGAAACUAAAAUAAUGCUCAAUGAUCAUUCUACUCCCAUGAGGGAGGAGGAAGAGGAGCAUAAAUCAGGACAAGAGCUGGGUUUAGAAUUUGGAUCACAUGUGGUUUUUCUCAAUGAUCACAAACCCCAGCUCCCUAUAAUUAAUAAUUGGAUGUAUUAAAUAUUUUAUGGAGCAGUCUAGCCAGAGAGCAACUAUAAAAUGGAAAUAUGGACCAGCUUGGUAAAGGGAAAGAUGAAAUUGUAGAAUUAGUUUGUUCGUGCAUUGAGUAUUUCAUAACAAUAAACUUAUUGUAUUUAUAAAGGGAGAAAACUCUGGGUGUAAUUUGGCUGCCUGGUUGUUUAUAUCCUACAGUGCAGUUUCAGUAUGUUUCAUGUUCGUGUGCCUGUUUUAAAAUGUUUUACUUCAUUAUCGUAAGAAGUUUUUAAUGCAAUGAAACUUCAAGCCAGAAAAAUCUCAGAAAAUUAAUGAAAUAGGGAGUAGAGAGAAAUGGAGAUAGCAUUAAACUAAAUACAAAGAAGAAAUUGAAACAAAUUUUUUUAUUUGACAAAAAUUAGCCAGGCAUGGUGGCGGGCGCCUGUAAUCCCAGCUACUCAGGAAGCUGAGGCGAGAGAAUCGCUUGAACCUGGGAGGUGGAGGCAGUGAGCUGAGAUCCUGCAACUGUACACCGCCAGCCUGGGCAACAGAGUGAGACUCCGUCUCCAAAAAAAAAAAAAAAAAAAAAAAAAAAAAAAGAGUCUCUUCAUUAAAAUAAACCUGAUACUUCACUUGUUUAGUAAAGCAAUGCAAGUUAAUACCUGAUGAUAAAGUCAGAAGAUGUAUAUAUGUUUGUGUUCCUGCUUUCAUUCAUUUCACAGUCUAAUUCUCCCAGACAUGGAUUUUUGCUAGCUAUUUGUUCUAUCACCCAGAAUUUUGAGAAGGCUUAAAAGCAUAUUAUUGAUUUGUGCACUUGGUGCAAAAUUCAAAAGGUAUAAAAGGGUAUACAGUAAAUAUAAGUUCUCUCCCUGAACCUGAUCCUCAGCCUUCAGUUUCCUCCCUUGGAAUAAUCACUGUACACUUCUCUUGUGUGUCUUUCUAAAAAUAUGUUCUGUUUAUUUAAGUAUAUGUGUGUAUGUGUAUUUACACAAGUGAUGGCAUACCACAUACAUUGUUAAACAGUUUCCUCGUGUCCUUUAGCAAUAAAAUCUGACCAGCAGUUCUUAACACAUGGAGCUGCACACUAUAAGUGACCAGUCCCUGCCCAUGGCCACCUGGGUGGUUUUCAAUGUUGCUAUGUAAAGGAGGCUUAAAAGUGUCUUCUAUAGGUGUCAGCUUGACUGGAAAAUAAAAAAUGUCUUCUGUACUCAUCACUCAUGCUUGUGAGAAUCUACAGGAUAGAUUCUGUAAGUGAAUCUAUCCUAUUCUAAUCCUUUUCAGCAUUUCCUCAGCUACCCUUACUUGUUCAUUUUUCCAAAUGAACUUUAAAUCAGUUUUUCUGUUACAACUUUUUUCCAUUCUAGUUGGUUAAUUUUGAGAUUGCAAUACAUUUAUUAUUUAACUUUUAAUUUUACCCGUUAUGAACUUGAACAUAGUAAGCUGUUCCCAUACUCAAAUAUUUCAUGUCCUGUAAUUGCAUUCUAAGUUUUCCUUUAUGUAGAACUUGCACCCUUCUUACGAAGUUUAUUCCUAAGCACUUUAUCAUUUUUGUUGCCACAGUGAAUGGAAGUAUUUCUUCCUUGAUGUCCUCCAUCUAAGAUUGUUUGUAUGGAAAGGUUGUAUAUUUCUGUGUAUUACAUUUAAUCC